CCACUGUGGUAGAGAAGCCCGGCGAGUAAGCGUACACGUGGGGCUCUUCAGUAUGGGUGCGAAAAAACGAAAAGGACGCGCCGUGAAAGCUGCUAAAAAAGGCAGUGCUUCGGUGGAACCAGAAGAGGUCUCAAAGGCCCCUCACACCUUUGUUAUAUCGCGAGGCACUCUGGGCAAGAAUGCGUCAGAGCUGAUGCUAAAUUUCAGGAGAGUUAUGGAGCCUUAUACUGCAUCUAAGCUGCAGGUGCGGAGGAAAAAUGUUGUCAAGGACUUCGUCUCGGUGGCUGGGCUGCUGCAUGUAACACACCUGGUGGUCUUCACUAAGACUGAGAGGGCCAUUUACAUGCGACUAGCAAGGCUACCUCGUGGGCCCACACUCACCUUUCGGGUUGAAAACUAUGCUCUGGCUCGUGACAUCAUUUCAAGUUUAAAGAAGCCAGUCACAUACACGCAUCAGUUCAGCUCUCACCCACUGCUGGUGCUGAAUAACUUCAGUGGUGAAGGCAUGCAUUUCAAGCUUAUGGCCUCCAUGUUCCAGAACAUGUUUCCAUCAAUUAACAUACACACGGUAAAACUGAACACAAUAAGGAGAUGCCUUCUUCUGAAUUAUGAUUCAACAGACCAGACUAUUGAUUUUCGCCACUAUACCAUCAAGGUGGCUCCAUGUGGCAUCAACCGAGCUGUCAAAAAACUUGUGCAAAGCAAGGUUCCAGACUUGGGGCACCUGCGAGACAUCAGUGAGUACGUGGAUCAGGGAGGCCUGUCAGAGAGUGAAGCUGAGCUCGAUGGUGCUUCUAACCAAGUUGUCUUGCCCCAGAAGAUCUGCAGCAGGGGAAAUGUGCUUAACCAGCAGAGCUCUGUUCGGAUGGUAGAGUUGGGCCCACGGAUGAAACUCAAAUUAGUGAAGAUUGAAGAAGGUCUAAUGACUGGCGAAGUGAUGUACCAUGCAUUUAUUCAAAAGACACCAGAGGAGAUUAAAGCACUUCGUGAGCGACGACUGGAACUCAAGAAGCUAAAGGAGAAGCGCAAACAGGAACAGGAAGAGAACAGGCGGAGAAAAGCUUUGCUUAAGGGCGAGCAGGACACGAGUCAAGGGAGUGAUGCAGAUGCAGAAGGGGAGAGUGAUGAGGAAGAUGACCAAGACUGGUACCAGCAGGAAGUGGACGAAGAACCUGAUGAGGAUGACACACCACCACAAGCCAAAAGAGCUAAUAAAAAGGGAAGUGGCACUGCAACUGGCAAGCCUAAUGUGCAGAGGAAACUACAGCACCACAAGCAACAAAGUGGGCAAACAAGAAAAGGGUCACCACCACUGAAGCACAAGGGUAAGACAGAGGAAGAGCAGGAGGAUAAGAAAGCGAAGAAGCGAAAGCUGUCAGACUUUGAAGUGAUGAUGCAGCGACGCAAGAAGCGGAAGAAGUUGAGAGAGAAGGUGAAAGAAAAGCGUUUGCGCUCACAGAAGCUGGCCAGGCUUCGGGCUCAGCAGAAGCAGGAGGUACCUUUCAAGAAAGUCAAGCAUAAAAGAAGCCGGUGAGGGCCACAUGUGCAUUGCAAGGGGGGG